AUAUGCCGGAAAUGCGUCAGCUGUCCAACGGAUGCGAGCUUUCCAAGAUGGAGGGCGACAGCACCGACAAUAUGGAGAUGGGAGAGAGUAAAGGUGGCUCGGGUCUCCGCCAAUACUACUUAUCGAAAAUAGAAGAGUUACAGUUGACCGUGAACGAGAAGAGCCAGAAUCUCAGAAGACUGCAAGCACAGAGGAAUGAGCUCAAUGCUAAAGUGCGUCUCCUCCGUGAGGAGCUGCAGCUGCUUCAGGAGCAAGGCUCCUACGUAGGAGAAGUGGUCAGGGUCAUGGACAAAAAGAAAGUCUUGGUCAAGGUACAUCCUGAAGGAAAAUUUGUGGUGGAUGUGGAUAAGAACAUUGACAUCAAUGAUGUGACCCCAAAUUGCCGCGUGGCUCUGCGCAACGACAGCUACACGCUGCACAAGAUCCUCCCCAACAAGGUGGACCCUCUGGUUUCCCUCAUGAUGGUGGAGAAGGUCCCUGACUCCACCUAUGAGAUGAUCGGCGGUCUGGACAAGCAGAUCAAGGAGAUCAAGGAAGUCAUCGAGCUUCCCGUCAAGCACCCGGAACUUUUUGAAGCGCUGGGCAUCGCGCAGCCAAAGGGCGUGCUGCUGUACGGACCUCCGGGGACGGGGAAGACCCUGCUGGCCAGAGCCGUAGCCCACCACACCGACUGCACCUUCAUUAGGGUGUCGGGCUCCGAACUGGUCCAGAAGUUCAUCGGAGAGGGUGCCCGGAUGGUGCGCGAGCUGUUCGUCAUGGCCCGCGAGCACGCGCCCUCCAUCAUCUUCAUGGACGAAAUCGACUCCAUCGGCUCGUCUCGUCUGGAGGGGGGCUCGGGCGGGGACAGCGAGGUGCAGAGGACCAUGUUGGAGCUCCUCAACCAGCUGGACGGCUUCGAGGCCACCAAGAACAUCAAGGUCAUCAUGGCCACCAACCGCAUCGACAUCCUGGACUCUGCUCUCCUCAGGCCAGGCAGGAUCGACCGGAAAAUCGAGUUCCCCCCUCCGAACGAAGAGGCUCGCCUCGACAUCCUCAAGAUUCACUCCAGGAAGAUGAACCUGACGCGUGGCAUCAACCUGAGGAAGAUCGCAGAGCUGAUGCCCGGAGCUUCGGGCGCCGAAGUUAAGGGCGUGUGCACGGAGGCAGGCAUGUAUGCCCUGAGAGAGAGGAGAGUACACGUCACACAGGAGGACUUUGAGAUGGCUGUGGCAAAGGUGAUGCAGAAGGACAGCGAGAAGAACAUGUCCAUCAAGAAGCUAUGGAAGUAACUCACCGUUUUGUUCUCUUGCACACAAUGCAGUCUCAUGUAUAUUUUCCUGGUUUUGUUCAUGGUUUGCUUUGUAAUUGUUCCAUUUGUUCUAAAAUAAAUAGAUUGCCCACUCAAAAAGUGA